AUGAGCUGGUCUCCCAAAACUCGGUUAGAAUGCGUUCCUGAAGAUUCUAUCAUGGUCCCAAAACCCAAGAGUCGCACUACCAAGCACAAAAGAACAAAGCCUGAAUCUGAGCUUGCACCUCCAACCCUUUGUUUUAAAAGCAGUUAUCCACGGAGAGAUGUCAGUAGCUAUCAAGCUCUUCUUAAAGAGCCGAAUGCAACAAGUAGUACUACUAAUAGUACUAACAAUCAUAAUCAUGAUGAGAAAAACUUGCAGCAACAGCAGCAGAAAGUUUUAAUGAGUUCACAACGGGAGCAGGAAUCUAGUGUUGUUGACAUUGGCGAGCUUAUUGAGGCAGACAUUGAUGAUGAUGACAUGAUUGUGUUUGCAACAUUUUUGAAUACACUUGACACGCGAGAUAUGGUCUUGAGAGCUAAUAGUCUUAUAAAUCAUUCAAGAAAGCAAAGCGGGAAACAUGUUCGUCGCAAAAGUCAGUAA